AUGGAGGAAGAAAUCAGUGAAGAGUUUAUAACCCUAUGGAUGGAGAACAAAAUAAGUUUCUCAAAGUACAGCUUUGAGAGCCUAUGGAACAAAAGUUACAACAAGGUGGUCCAAAAAUGGCUGCAAAGCGGGAGUAAUAAGAUACUGUUUAUACACCUGAUGGGGUGUGACGAGGAGACCAAGCUAAAUUUCUGCUUUGACUUUUCCAGCGAAAUUGUAGAAGAAAAAAUUGAUGAAUACAUUUUGUUCCUAAAAAUUAACAGCAAAAAAAUAACGCACGAAAAUAUAGAUAGCGUGGUACUGUACAACAAGGUGAACUGCAAAAUGAAGGAAAAUAUUUUAAAUUUAAUGGACCGAGUGUUUAUACCCAUGCUGGACAUGAAAAAUAGCUCCCCCAUAAACAUACAAAACGACUUUAACAUUACGACUAUCGAAUUUAUGACGUACAUAACGCAGCUGUUUUCCAAAAAUAAAUUAAUUUACUAUCCGAAGUUUUCAGUCGAGGAGAUUCAUUUGUUCUCCGCUGACAAGAAUUAUGUCCACUUGCUUGAAAGUCUGGUGGACCACUGGAUUGAUGACAUCCAAAAGUUGUUCAGCAAUAUCUACGACAAAGAAAUAAACUACCUGACGCUGAGUGAGUACAUUUCCGACGUAGAGAAAAAGCACAGCAUUUUAAAGGACCUCCUGGAAGAACUCAACUUGGAUGCCAUAAACUGCAUCCUAAACGUUUUGGAGAAGAAUAACUGCUCGAAUAUAAAAACGUACAACGGGUUGAUGACCCAGAUAAGGGAGAAGUGUGAAAAGCUGGAGGAGAAGCUGAAGGCGCUAAAAAUUCUGGAGGAACCCUUUACCAAUUUGGAUGAUGAUGUCUCUAUCGACCAUGUGUAUAACAUUUUGCCCAUCAUUGUAAAUAGGCUGAAAUUAAUUUUUACCUUUUCGAAAUAUUACAAAGAUUCGGACCAGAUAAACAGCUUGAUAACGCUUCUGCUAAAUGAGUUCAUUAAGAAGCUUCAUAAUUAUAUAGACCUUUCUAAGAUGUACACUAGGGAGGUUAGGCAGUUGUCCGAGACGCUAGACGAGUGCAUCAACUUUGUGUUCUACUGGAACUAUUUGGUGGACGUGUCGUUUAGCCGAUCGAGCGAGGGAAACUCCCCCUUCGACUCCAUCAUGCGGCAGAUGAAUCUGUCCAAUAUAACAUCCUUCAAGCAGAAGUGCACAGACUUGAAAGAAAUCUGCUUCGCGUGCGAGCAGUUCCUGUUCUGCGUGAAGGAGGAGGACAUAAAAACGCUGAGCUACGAGCACUACCACAUAAUCAAAAAAGGGUUCAACGACAUCGAACUGACCUUCUUCAAUGAGAUAAACAGAAUCCGAAACCUAAAGUACAACAUUUUGAGCAUAAAAAAUAACGAAUGGAGCAGCGAUUUUAAAAAGACAAAGGAAAUGAUAAAGGUGCUAGAAAGUAUAUUCAUCAACUUAAUUAAAAUAUCGUUUGAAAAUUCCAUCAACUUCGAAACGACCAUUUUUCUGUUUGACAAAUUUUACACCCUAGCGAUCACAGAAAAUAUAAAGUCCUUCAUGAAUAAGAAGGUGGCAGAUUUAUGGAACGAAUUUGUAAAGUACGUAGACACGUACUCCAAAUAUUUUGCCAACUUCCUGGAGAACCCAUUCAACUAUUUCUCAUACAACAUCAGAUAUGAAUACCACUCCUCCUGUGUCAUGCUCGCCAAAAAUAUCAGCCUAAAGCUGCAUCGAACGUUUGACAAACUGAAUAGACUCUUUUACCUCCCAAAGGUGAAGGAACAAGAAGCUGCCUACGAAAAGUACUUCAACUUGCAGAAUUCAAUUAAUACGUACAUAAAACAGAUUAACAACAUUUGGAUAAAUGAGUUAAAAACUAUUGCGACGAAGAAGAAUAACUCGCUUGUCAACACGCUGUUGGAUAACUCCAUCCUCAUGAAGGUGAAGGAGAAGUACCUGGAGAGCACCUACAAUAUGGAGAUAAAGAAAGUGCUCUCCGAAGUGAACUUUUGGCUAAAAAUUAAAGACGAAAAGAUAUUUCUCCCUAAUGUGAUUAUCGAAAUAUCUUUUCAUGAGGAGAGACUUAAAACGUGCAAGGAGUAUGUAAACCGACUCGUCCGAAACUACAAUAACAUCUGCAUGAUGAUGAGCAGCGACCAGUAUAAAAUAUUCGAAUACGUGCUCAGAAAUAUGUUCUCUAACAUUGAGAACACCGUGUUUAAGUACAACUGGAAUAAGGACAACAUAAAAUUGAGCGUGCUCUUCAACUUCCUAAAUGAGUGCAUCCACAUAAAGUCCAUCAUUGCCGCUUUCAAGAAGAACGAUGAAAAGAUAAGAGACAUUCUCAACGAAAUAGAAAAAAUAUCCAUCAUCGCUAUUGAUGAUAAGAGAACGUACACACUGGAGGAGUUUGAAGAAGACCAGAACAUCAACCUCGAGGGGAUAAGAAGCAUUUUACGAGAUAAACACUCUAACAUUGUUAAAAUUUUGAAAGAAAUUCUUCUCUAUAUUGAAAAAUAUUCUAACAAAAGCUUAAAUGCCUUCAAGAGCUACAUCGCCAAUAUUGAGAGGAACUACCAGGAGAAGUACUUCAUUUCGGUGAAGGUCUCCCUAUACAACUACUACAAAUUGCUGACCGAUAAAAUUAGCAACGACGCGGUGGAGAACUACCCCCUAUUUAAAAUCUAUGUAACGUUGAAUAGCAAAAAGGAACUCGUGUAUGACUUUUCCCACCAGUCUGCAAAGAACCUCACGGACGAAAUUUACAAAAAAGCUUCCGAUAUAUUUUUUAGCUUCCCCAAAUUCAGCGUCGUCAUCUUCAAAAAUAGACAAAAGCAGGUGAAGAAAAAACUGGCCUUCGCCUUCAGCACUACAAAUGCGAACGAUAAGGAUAUGCAGAAUGACGCCAAGGAAAAUCAGCUCAAGAAAAAUGAUAAUAACAACCAGUGCAGCAAACUGCUCAGCCAAAUUAACAACAUCUACGUCAACUUUAUGGAGAAGCUGAAGGAAAAAAUAAAGUGGCUCAAGCACUACAAUUUGAAGCUCCUCAGCUUGAAUGAGGACGACUUGCUGCACAGCCUCCACUCGGCUGAGGACACCAUGACGUAUGUCUACAGCCAGAUAAGCGUGUUCAGGAAUUUGGAGGAAAAUAUAAAGCAGGACAUUGAUAAGGAAAUCAUCCUCUUCAUCGAAAUAAACCUGAGCACGCUGAAGGAGGAACUGCUGGCGGACUUCAAAAAGUAUAAAGACCUAUUCCUGGAUUACAUAAGCGCAAAAUGUAAAAGGAAGCUAGAAGAGCUGCACGCCUUCUUUAAAGAGAACAGCAACAAUCUUCUCAAAACUGCUGUGGACAUAAACGACCUGAAAGAACACAACGCCCUCCUGGAGCACUGCAGUAGGAACUACGCAGGACAUAAAAAGGAAUUGGAAGUUUUAGAAGAAGACUACCUAAAACUGAUAGAAUUAAAAGGUGAAUUAAACGAAGAUGAGAUAAUGAAAUUGAAGACCUCUUCCACCCUGUCAAACAAAUUUGAAGCGCUACUGAAGGAGAGUAGAACCAUGUAUCUGGACACUAAGGAAAAAAUGAAAAAUGAAAUUAAAAAUGCGUACAACGAAUUUAACAAACUGUGGCAAAAGAAGAAGUUAGUUUUUUAUAAAGAAAUGCCAAUAAGUAUUGACAACAACCCGAAUGACGUCCUAGACAUGAUCAGUUUUUAUGAGGACGAAUUGAAGAGCAUCAAACAGAUGCAGGAAGGACUGAAGAAUAAAAUAAGUCUUUUCAACAUAGACGACGUGUGUGAUGAGCAGAUAAAUGACAUGGAGGUAGACCUAAACCAUCUGAAGAGCAUAUGGAAGAUGAUCAAAUUUUGGCAAACCGUUUUCGACUUUGUUAAGAACGUUAGUAUAUUCUUCCUAUACGAUAUAGUGAACGAUCUGCUUGUGCUGGUGAGGGAGUAUAAAAAGGAACACCUGAGCGACACGCUGGGGUUUAUUCAGCAGGAGCAGGCAUCCGAAAGCGACUUGGACAUUUCUAGAGACCAAGAGAUGGAUAGAGAACCAGACCAACUGGAGAGCAGCUACUCUGCUGGCUUCCACCCCAGUGGACACAAAAAGGAUGAGGCGAAUGCAGAAAAGGAAGAAUAUGGAAGAGGUAACCAAAUAGCUGCUCAGGAAGCCAAAAAUUUAAACAUAAAAUCGUUCCUAAAUCAGCUAAAAACGAACUUCCUGGACAUCUUCGAGCAGUUCUUAAUAAAUAUGAAAAGAAGGAACACCUGGGAGAUCUACAAAGAGCUAAAAAACAACGUCGGGAAGCUCAAGUUUUCCCUAAUCCUCGUGGAAAUACUAACAAACGAGUGCAUGAAGUAUAGGCACUUUAAAGAAAUAGAGCUGAAGACAUCUGUCCAGUGGAACCUCAGCAACAUCACCCUACAUGAUAUCAUAGAGCAAAAGUUAUAUAAAGAAAUAAAGUUCAUCACCAUCCUGUACAACAACGCAGAGAAAGAGAUGUUCAUAGAAAACAACUUAAAAAAAAUUAUAAGCAAAUAUGAAAAUAUGAAGUUAUCUAUACAGAAUUGUAAAUCUUCUCUGCUAAUCCAGGACACAGAAAAAAUUUUUAACAACAUCAAUGAGGAUCUCUUCCUGCUGAAUAACAUCAAAAUUUACAACUUUGACAUAAAUUUUUUAAAAAAAACGGAAAAGUGGGAAGGAAUAUUAGGCAACCUAUAUGACAACCUAGAAAUUAUCUUCUUCAUUCAGAACAAAAAUGAGUACUUAAAGUCUAUUUUGUCCUCUUCAGACGAAAUGAAGCCACACCUGAAUAAGAUAUACGAGCAGUACAACCUGUGCAAUCAGAGGUUUGUCAAAAUGGUUAGGGGAUUCCAAAAUGGGUAUGUCCUAGACAAGAUUAACAACUGUAACAAUGUGCGGACUUUUCUGCAAAUACAAAAGCAGCUAAACUUUAUAGAGAAAUCUUUGGAGAGUUACUUGGAGAAGAAGAAAAGCUCCUUCCCCAGAUUUUACUUCUUAUCCAAUAAAGAAAUUUUAGAAAUACUCGGCAUAUACAAAAAUCCAAUGCUUUUGAAAAAAAAAAUUCAGAAAAUAUUUUCCUCCAUUUAUUCGAUCGAAUUUGUGUCCUCAGAAAAAAAAAUGCAUUUUCAAAAAAAUAACUCAAAAUGUGUUACUGCACACGAUUACAACAAAAGCAGCGUCAGUUUUAAUUACAAAAAGGGGACUCAUAAAAGUACCUCCAAUUUUAAUAAGGACAAAUGCCAAAGGGAGGACUUCCCAAACACGUUUGAGCAGGGCAUCUCAAAUGUAGACAACGCAGAUAAUAACUCUUCCUCCUAUUUUGACAUCUAUAUUUUUUCCCAAUACAAAGAGAAGAUAAAACUGCACAACAAGAUGAAACUAAAUUAUGAAUCCUCCACUAUCAUUCUGAAUAAGUUGGAGGAAAACAUCUUCGAAACGUUGAAGCUCGAUUUGGUAAAUGUGCAGCUAGAGUUGAAAGAAAAAAAUUUAAAAAACUGGAUCUUGAACAACCCUCAGCAGCUCGUUUUGGCCAGCAAGUGCAUCAAUUUUACGAACGAUUAUGAGCACUUUCAAAUUCAAAUUAACAAAGGAUCGCACAUUUUUGUAAACCAAAUGAAGAAGCAAAACCAUAAGGAGCUCCUCUUCCUCACAGAUUUAAUUAAAACGAUCAAGGAUAAAAAAAAUUACAUCAAAAUCAGCGCCUUGAUCAUCCUCGAAAGUUAUUACAAAGAUGUGGCAGAAAAACUGAUCAAAAAUAAAAUAGAAUGCAAUGACAACUUUUUGUGGAUGUGCCAGCUGAAAUAUAUUUUGUCUGAGGAUGAGUACGACGAGAGUUCCCAUUUUCAGAAAAGCUUUUCAUCCAACGAUGCAGCGGAAAAGGCAGACUGUGUGGCUGCAGAAGGUGCUGCAAAAAAUGCCUACAAAAAGGGCAGCAGUAGGCACGACCUAGAGCAGGAUUUGCCCAACGUUAGGGGUGCAACCCAUGUCGGCGACGGGGUAGUCUCCUCAAUCGGGGUGGUCUCUUCAACCGGGGCGACCGAGUCGAACGCAGCAUCGGCAGUCAGCACAAAUGAGAGGAACAAGAGCAAAGCGCACCUCCCAGGGAGCAAACCUGUCAGUAGCAAAAGUGGAUCCACUGCGGUGGGGAAAUGUACGAAACGGGAAAAGUUCACCGACGGUAAAGGCGGCAGGAAGGUUGGCAACCGAUCAAGUGUAAGUGGAAAAACUGCUGCAGAGGGAGGCGCUAAAGGAGUGGGGAAAGAAGGCCCCCUGGAAAAGGAGGAGCCGCAGGAUAGGGGCGAAAAUGAGGCAGACGAGGAAAAGGACGAGUACGAAGAUGAGGGGGAAGCGGCGGAGGAGGGAAAAGAGGGGGAAGAAAAUCAAGCAGACGAGGAGGACGAUGUGGGAGAAGUGGGAGAAGCGGAUGACGCAGACGAGGCGGACGACGCAGACCAAAUAGACGAUGAGGAGGAAGCAAACCUAGUAGACGAUGAGGAGGCAGACCAAAUAGACGAAACAGACGAAGCCGACGUGGAAGCAGAGCAGAGGGACCCCCCCGGAGAAGGAGCUAAAGUCUUCCAAAAAGGCAUCCUUUCCAAGAGAAAUAAACCCGCAAAAGAUCACCUGGGAGAACCCCCCGACAGCGUAGCGGCAAAGGAUGCCCUCAAGGCAGAUAAUCUAAGCGCUGCUGAUCUAGCCAACAAAAAUAACAAACAACUCAAGUACCUUAAAACGAUAAAUCUGAUGAUAAAUAAAUCGAUGACGCUAUAUUUACACUAUUUUAAUAAUAAGAAAAAAUACGCCUAUGAGUACCAAGGAAAUACAAACAGGCUAGUCAUCACCCCUCUGACCGAGAAGUGCUUCUACUCCUGUUUGUUUUCUUUAGACAAUUUUUUUGUGAAUGCUAUAAAGGGCGAAACGGGUGUUGGAAAGAGUGAGACCAUCAAAGAUUUUAGCAGAAUUUUUGGGACUAAUAUUAUAUCUAUAAAUUGCAACAAUAAUAACACGUCGAAAUAUAUAGGGAAUAUUUUAUCCGGCAUUUUGCAGUCAGGAUUUUGGUGCUGUUUUGACGAAUUCAACAGAAUAGACGAAAAUGUAAUCGUCAUCGUGGUUGAACAAUUUAGGUGCAUCAAGCACAUCGUGCAGAAGUUCCAAUUUGACAGUAGCUGUGCGGACGGUCAGCAGGAGUAUUUUAAUUACGAGGACAUAUCCUCUUACCAUCAAAUGGCCAAGUGGAGACCUCCCAUUGGUGCAGAAAAGGUUGGUAACCACUUAUUGAACACGCAGUGUAGUGAAGCGCAGGACGCUGCAUCCUCCAAAGGGGAGAAAAAGAACGCUUCUCAAUUCAGCGUGAGGGUAAAUUCGAAGGAGGCGAAUUCUGCAGCCCCAGUGAACAAAGAAGGGGGUGAUAAAUCCGGCGAGUGCGUUAAGUCGAGGGGUCUUUCCGAGGCUCACAAAGGGGGAAACACCAAUGGAAGUGGUACUGGUAGUGGCAACAAUGGAAGCGGUACUGGUAGUGGCAACAAUGGAAGCGGUACUGGCAGUGGCAACAAUGGAAGCGGUACUGGCAGUGGCAACAAUGGAAGCGGUACUGGCAGUGGCAACAAUGGAAGCGGUACUGGCAGUGGCAUCCCUCAGGGAAGCCUCUCCCUGGAGUUCCACUCACCAGUAGGCAGCGGACACGCCUUCUUCGAAGGGCAACACAUCAAGGUAAAAAACAACUGCUCCAUCUACCUCACGCUGUGCAAAAAUAAUGACAACUGCUUGUACUCGCUAGAAAAUUACAACAACGUGAUUCAGGAGUUCUCCUUUAAGCCCCCCAACUUUUAUCUUAUUUGCCAAUUUUCCCUAACCUCCAUUGGAUUUAAAAACGCGAAAAAGCUAUCCAAAAAAAUUAACAUCUGCUACAGCCUACUGUACGAGUUUCUAUCAAAGCAGGAACAGUACAUAAUUGACUUGCGAGAAAUAAAGAAGUUUUUAAAUUUAGUGUCUGAAGAUUUUAUCUCAAACAAUAAAAUAAAAAGUGAAGAGGAAAUUAUUUACGACGCCCUGGUGGAGGUUAACGAAUCUAAGUUGUUGAAGGACGAUCUGGACAUCUUUUACAAUUUCCUCAAGGAAUUAUUCCCACUUGUAAAAAAAAAAACAGAAAAGAACAAAAAUAAUGACCUUUCUGUGAAAAUUAUUGCAGACAUUAUGAGCAACAUGGGGUAUACCAUAAACGACUACUACAUAAAUAGCAUUUUAAAGUUACACAAAAUUAAAAAAACGAAUAAAGGAAUUGUCCUAGUGGGGAGGUCUUGCACAGGGAAAACGAGCAUUAUAAAUAUCUUCAAGCAUUAUUGCGAAAUUGCCAGAAAUGCCAACGUUUUAAGGGGGGGUGUCAUCAACUCGAUGGAGAAUGAUAGCAAAGAUGGGAAGUUCCUGCGCCAUGAGGGGGAGGGCAAUGGCAAGGAGGUCUCCCCCUACGAGAGCGGCUAUGGCACCACCAACAAUGGUGAGAUAAGCCGCCCCAUGGACGACUUCGCCUAUAUGAACCAAAUAAAUAACGUCCCUUCGAGCGCUUCGCUGAACAGUAAGGGGACGUACGAGAGCUACAAUUUGCUUUACCCGGUGAAUUUAUUCUCUAAUAAGUACAAAAAUCAGGGAAACGCAAGCAUGAUUGGAAAAAAUAACAGCGGCAACGGGGUCAGCCACAGCACCGGCCACAGUAGCCUCAGCGGAAGCGUCAAAAAGUUGAGCAAACUCAGCAGCGCCCAUUCUAUGCAGAGCAAAAAUUCGACGGGGGCGCUACUCGACUUUGCGAACAAGUAUAAGAAGAACAUCCACACGAAUGACUAUUCCAUAGACAUCACCGUCUUUAACCCCAUGUCGACGGAUGUGAAGAAGCUGUAUGGGUACUACAACUCCGAGAAGGAGGUGUACGAAGAUGGCAUUUUGUCUCUAAUAAUGAAAAGGCUCUUCGAGAAUACUAACAAUUUGAAUGAAAAGUGGUUGAUCUUGGAUGGGCCCUUGGAUAUCCUGACGACUGAACCGCUGCACUCCCUCUUGGAUGAAAACAAAGUGCUAACGCUAAUAAACGGAAAUAGAAUAAAAUUUGCAGACAAUGUGUUCAUAUUUUUUGAGAUAGAAAAUUUAAAAAAUUCCGCCCCCUCUUUUAUAAGUCGGUCCAAAAUUGUUUACAUGAAUGAGGAAGAAUUCAACUACGAGUGGCUGAUCGAGAGUUACUUGCAGAGCAACUUCCCCAACGUGGAGGAAAAAAACCUGGUGCAGGGCUUUUUCAACAAGUAUAUAAAAAAAAUUAUGAAUGCUAAGAGGAAUAAAUAUAACCUAAUUAUCGACGUGAGCGACGCAAAUGUUAUCAUUUCCAUUUGUCAGCUGUACGACAUGCUGUGCAAUUUGUACGAUAAAAAUUUCCCCAAAAAUUUGAACCCCUCCUUAUGCCUAGAAAAGUUAUUUCUCCAAUCUAUUAUUUACACCUUUUCGAAUAUUUUGUGCCCCAAGAGCAAGGAGUCGCUGGACCUCCUGAUCAAAAGCAUAGACAACAGCUUCCCCCACCUGCACACCAUUUUCGACUACAUAAUUAGCAAGAACAACUUUAACUGGGUGCUGUGGGAUGAGCUGAUCACCACGAAUCAUAACUUCCUGCCGAACGUGAAGGAGAAGUUUUUUUCCUACGACAAUUACAACUUUUGCAAGAAUGAUAGCUCCAUGAAAUAUAUGAGCAUGAAUCAGCUCAGCGAAACGAUCAACCCCGAGACGGACUUUAACAAAUUCUUUCUCAGCAGCAAUUUGCACGUUAGCAAAAAUUUCAACAAGUACACCAUAAACUACAACAAUUUAUUUAGUGACAACCAUAAUAAUAAUACGCUCAACGUUUUUCAGACUUAUCACUCCAAUUUUAUACACACAAAUGCAAACAAUAUGAACGAUUCCAGUUUGCUGGACAAUUACCACAUGUUUAGCGACUACUCGAAGGAUAACGUCUACUCGAAUAAUAACUACCUCGAUUCGGACCUCUUCCAAACGUACAGCAAAAAUAUUUCUAACAAUUAUUUCUCGGAUAAUAGCUUCUCAAAUAAUAACUUUUCGGACAACUUACUCUCCUAUAGAAAUAAUAAAAGGGAUAAAAAUAACUUCCAGAAUGGGCACCAUGAGGAGGACUACAACGUCCUGAACGACAACUUUAUCGAGAGCUUUAAUAAAUCCUCCCUGAAAGAUAUUUACAACCAGAAGGAUAAUCUGACCCAAAAUGGGACUCAAAAAACAAAGGAGAAAUAUUUCCACCAAAAGUUCAAUGACAAUAUAUUUAUAGAAAAUGUAGAAUCGUUGCGGAAAAAAAAUAUCAUCAACAUUUUAAUGUACAACAAGAAGAACGUACUUCUCAUUGGAAACAAAUUCAGCGGAAAAACGUUCUUCAUGAAGUAUAACAUUUUGCCCUAUGUGAAGGAGGACAUUUCCAGCUACUACACCUUCAUUUCUAAGCUUUGCAAUUCGAAUAAGCUCGAAAAAAAAAUUGAAAUGAAGGUCGAAAAGAAGUGCAGAAAUAUUUACAAACCGGUGGGGAAUAAGAAGUGUCUCUACUUCAUCCUCGACGAUUUGAAUAAUCUUCAAAAGAGUGAUUCCUCCGGGUUGGACUACUUCUCCGAUGGUAAUGUCAACUAUGAGGGCAGCGGAAGGAACGCCCUCUUCGACUUCAACAUUAAUAGGAAGUGCAUUUCGAAGAAUAGCAACCCUAGUGGGGACAAUCCACAGGGGCAAAACAGAAAUGGGGAAAACGCAACCUCUACGAAUAAUACAAGCGUCUUUGAGUUCCUAAACCAAUUCAUUGACUACAACAUGUACUAUAGUAAGGACAACGGGUCUGUGAAAAAUGUGGAGAAUUUGUUCUUCUUCCUCAUAUAUGGAAAUAACAGAAAAUGUGCCUCCACCUUUAACAGGAAAUUGAUCAACCGGUUGCACGUGGUGCAUCUGAACGAGAUGGACGAGGCGUGUAUGAAAAAUACUUUCCACGUUUUCUUAAGACAUAAAUUUUCUAAUUUCCAUGAAGUGAUAAAAAAUUUGGCGGAACCUCUCUCCUCCUCAACCAUAAAACUCUUUUUCGACACCGCUAAAUAUUUCAAAGCCAACUUAAAUUGCUAUCAUUACUUCUUCCACUUGAAGCAUAUCUUUAAAAUAAUGAAAGGCAUGUUCCUUUCGGAGGCCCCCAUAUAUGAAGAGAAAGAGAGUGUACUCAGACUUUGGGUUAAUGAAUGUUUUCGCUCUCUUGGAGAUCAACUCAUUUUGAAAAAUGAAAGGAAAAAAUUUAAAAGCAUUUUAAAAAAUAUACUACAUAAAAAAUUCUACGUAGUUUAUAAUUACCUUUUCCCUAAGAAGAAGACCUCUUAUUUCUGCUCCUACAAUUUUCACGAUACGAAAAAUGAAAACCCCUACUUCUUCUACCAGCCUGUGUCCAAUGAAAAUGUCCUCAUCGAAUUUUUCAGGGGAGUCGUAUCUUCUUACAACACUUUUGUUCUGUGCACUUAUGACAAGAAGGUGAACGAGUACUUCAAAAAUCACGAGGCAGACGUGGGGGACGCCCGCGCGGGGGGCACCGGGAAGAAGGGCACGCCUUCUCGCAGCGCGAAGCGGCCACCCGCCUCCAGGGAAAACAGCCUGUAUGAGAUGUUCCAGCACGGGGAAGACUACCCUGGGGGGAGUAACUAUGAAAAUGGGGAGGAAAAUGGCUUCACAGGUGGGGAGGAAAAUGGCUUCACAGGUGGGGAGGAAAAUGGCUUCACGGGUGGAGAGGCAAACGGUUUCACCGCUGCAGAGACAAACGGCUUCACCGUUGGAGAGGCAAACGGUUUCACCCCUGCAGAGCCAAACGGCUUCACCGCUGCAGAGGCGAGUGAACACCCCGUGAACGCCUCGCUGGACAAGUCGCAGAAGAUGUCCGAGGAAAUAGCCGCCCUCGUGAGCAAGAACGACAACGAUUUUAAUAACAUUUGCAAUCCCAUCAAUUUUAUACUCUUCAAGGAGGCCAUGGUAAAUAUUUGCAAAUUUUCCCGAAUCUUUCUCUUCGAAAAUGAGCACUUCAUAUCGAUUGGAGACAGCGGCCCGGGCAAGUUCACGUGCUGCCUAAUUGCGUGUUUUAUAUACCAAAUAAAGAUUCAUGUAAUUAAAAAUUUCCACUAUGGGAAUGCAAAUGCAAAUGCUGGGAAAGGGGGAGACCCACGGGGGGAUGGGUUGCUCCAUGGGGGACACGACAUUGAUCGGUACAGUGCGAAGGGGGCCUCUCUGCUUGGCACUAUUAACACUAAGGAGGGGAAAAGAAGCCACGCAAGCGAGGUGAACGUAGAAAAGGGAGCAAUUAACCCAUCGGAAGGAGGGGCAGCACAGGUAGGUGUGGAAGCACAACUUGAGGGGGAAACCAUCGAGGGAGCCAACCCCCACGGGGAGUGCCGCCCUGAAGAGAGGCAAAAGAAAAAGGGAAAUCAAACAAACCCUGUUGUAAACAUUGCAGAGAAAGACGAAGCGAACAAAUUUCGCUCCACCUGGAUAAGCGGAAACAAAGACGCGUCCAUAAUAGAAAAACUAAAAUGCAAUUAUUUCAUAAAAAAAUUUAAAGAAGCGAUUUUCAACUGCUACAAGAAGGAGAAGCGGUGCGUUCUGUACUACCUGGACGACAACAUGAGUGACGACAUUUUGGAAUUCCUCCACGAGCUCUACAACAACGUAAAUAUAAUUAACAUUUUUAACAGUGAAGAGAUUGCGUACAUGAAAAAUAUUUUCCUUCAGAAUGAGAUCAGCUUUAAGAACUUCGAUACGCUGAGCGAAAUGGUGGAGGAACUGAUUAAGACAAACUACCACUACGUUUUAUUUACCACCCUGAAGAGCAAAAUGUUCAGAAAAAUAGCCAACGAGUAUAACGUUAUUCUGAAGCAGUCGACCGUUAACUACUUCUGCUCAUGGAAAAAUGAAUCCUACAAUAUAAUUGCGCAGGAGACGCUCAAAAGGAAUAACCUAAAUGUGGAUGUGUUUAGCAAGCUGCACAACACGGCGUUGAAAAUGUUCGAAUGUGUUCUACACCACUUGGAGGAAAAGCUAGAAAGGGAGAAAAAGGAAAAGUUUUUUUUCCUCAACGAGAUUAGCAGUCAUGCAAACUUUAGCGAUUAUCAGCGGGGUAACAACGGAGGGGAGAAAAAUUUUGGGGUCACCAAGAUGGAUGAGCAGAAUAGACGGUAUGAAAAGAACUCCACGCUAACCAAGUCGAAAAAUGCUCUACUGGAGGAAAACAAACAAUCCAUGGAGAUUAAGAACAGCCUCAAAAUGAACACGAAAGAAAGCUGCCAUAUGAAUUCCAACCAAACGAAGAUCAUCAUGCAGAGCAAGAAGACAAUAACCGAUGGAGCCGAGGAAAACGUUGCAGAUGGGGAGAACAAAAACGAAGAAGACGCCGAGAAUAAUAUAAAGUACAUCAGAAAUUCUAAGAUUGUGCAGGACAAGCUGAACAUCCAAAAGUUCAUCAAUUUUAAACACUUUUUCAACUUUUUACAAUUCUUCGAAAAGUUGUAUAAAAAAAAAUUUGAAGAAACGAACAACCAAGAAAAGAAAAUUAACAUGGCGCUGAGCAAGUUGGCCGACGCCAGGAACGAAAUUCAGGAAAUGCAAAUUCAGCUCAGUCUCCAGAAGGAAAACAUAUCGAAGAAGCAAACCGAAUGCACCCAACUGCUCAAAGAAAUAGAGGAAAAGAAACAAGAAUCCAAUGAAAAGAAAAAAAAAAUACAAGAAGAUAGCAUUCGAAUAUCCAGUGUCGAGAUAGAGACGCAAAAGCUAGCCGAAGAUGCGAGGAAAGAUUUACAAAAUGCAAUUCCCGAACUUGAAGUUGCCACCCAGUCGCUAGAACAGUUAGACAAAAAAAGCAUAUCAGAAGUAAAGGCGUAUACAAAACCGCCCGAUGUUGUUAUGCAAACUUUAUCCAUCGUUAUGAUCAUUUUGAAUAAAACCCCAAGUUGGGAACAAGCGAAAAUCGAACUAGGAGAUGCAAAUUUUUUAAACAAAUUGAAAUCCUUCGAUAAAGACUCCAUAUCUGAUAAGACGCUGAAAAAAAUUGAAAAGUUUACGAAAAAUCCGAUUUACUCUCCCAAGGCGGUUAAGAAGGUUUCCUCUGCUACGGGUGCGCUGUGCAUGUGGGUUCACGCCUUAAAAAUGUACGCACAAGUGUACAGGGAGGUGGCACCCAAGAGACUGCGACUGAAGCUGGCCGAAGAGUUACUCAGCAAGAAUAGAAAGGAGCUCGAGCUAACCAUGGAGCAGCUCAACCAAAUUGAGAAAAAUUUACUACACCUGCAGGAGCAACAUAAUGAAAGCACCAAAACGAGCGACGAACUCAGUAGAUCAUAUGAAGAGUCGUGUCAAAGGAUAGAAAAUGUAGAGAAAUUCUUCCUCAAUCUAAUGGACGAAAAAAACAGAUGGGAAAAAUACGUUAAAGAUAAUGAACGGGUUAGGAAGAGCAUAUAUGGGGAGUCAAUUCUCUCUUCCUUUUUUCUGGUCUACACUGGUUUGCUCAAUUAUGAAGAUCGAAAGUUUUUAAUUUACGAUGCCUGCUUAAAUUUGCUGAUUCGAAACCACAUUUUUGUUAACUCCAAUUUUAACGUGGUGGAUUAUUUUAUUGAUCCUAUUCAGUCCCUCGAAUUUAGAACCAAUUUUUUAUCUAACGAUAUAUACAUGAAGGAAAACUCUAUUCUAAUUAACAACAACUUUCUAGCCACGCUGAUAGUCGAUCCUCACUACCAGGCUGCCAACUGGAUUAGGAGAAGUUACCUCAACAAUGGAAAAGCGAUUAUCAUUUCUGAUUUUCAUUCUUCCGACAUUUUUUUUAAAAUCAUUCACUGUAUGAAUAGUGGGACGUCCCUACUGAUCAACUACCUCAAUGAGGAUUUGGAGGACAUCCUCCUUUUAACCAUAAAGAAAUACAACAAGUUCAUUUUGGAUAGAGAAAACAAUUCGCUCUUGGAUGAACGGCAGUGCCAAUCUGCGAACGACGCGCUCAUAAGGGAGUACGCCAGGAGGAAGAGGCAGCUUCAGGGGGAUUUCGAGGCAGGCCACAAAAACGCGGCGAACGACAGCGGGGGGGGCGCAGUUAGUGCACUUGGACAAGUAACCCCAGUUAACGGCGUUAACUUAGCCAGCGGAUCAGGCGGAAUAGGCAGGAUGGCCUACGAGGAGAAGCUCUACCGCAUGAAGCUGCAGCUUCUGGACGGACUAAACAUCCACAAAAACUUCAAACUCUUCCUAGUGUCCAACAAAAACUGCUUCAGUUUGGAGCCGAUCUUUUACACCCUCACCACGGUUAUCGUAUUCAGCCUGAACAAAGAAUCCCUAGACAACAUUCUCCUAAAUGUGAUUAUUAUGAAUGAAGAGAAAAACUUAGAGAAGGAAAACAAAGAAUGUCUCAUGCGUCUAAUCCGAGUGAAAAAAGAAAUCAUAAAAUUAGAAAAUAACAUCCUAGAACAUAUAACAAAAAGUGAAAAGAAAAUUACAGAAGAUGACCAACUGAUUAAUAUUCUCCUACAGUCUAAGUCCGAAAUUGAUGAAAAAAAUGGACACCUAGAAGAAGUUAAUGAUACCAUAAGCAGAAUGAAUAUGAAUAAAAAUAUGUUUAAACCGUUGGCCAAAAAAGUUGCCAUUUUGUUUACCAUACUGAAUGAUUUGAAGUAUGUUAAUAAUUAUUACCAAUUUUCGUUGGACCAUUUUAUCUCCUUUUUUACCUACUGUAUGGAAGUUUUCAAAAAAAAUAAAAAGAUUUCAUCCAGCUCUACUACGGAGAGGCAAGAAAUUCUGUUCAACAGCUACUUCUUCGAAUUUUUGAAGUACACUAAAGUGUCCCUUGCCAACAAGCACCACCUUUUUUUUGUGUUUUACUCAUUGUGCAAAAUUAUGGUUUUUGAAAAUAAAAUCUCUCAGGAGGAUUACAACUUCUUCACCUUCGGCAGUGAGGCCAGUGGUGAACAGGUGCACACCAAAUAUCUGAAGAGACUCACCAGGGAGGACAGCCAGAAGGGCAAGGGGGACCACCACGCAGGCACACACAGGGGGAAGAAAAGGACCAAGAGCAAGCGGAGAAAGGAGGCGCACCGCGUGGAGGGAAAGUCCGCCGCGGGGAAAGACGCUUCCGAUUCGAACAAUUAUGCGGAGGGGGAGAAGCAGGGCGAGGAAGAGGAAGACGCAGAAGAGGAGGAAGAAGAGGAGGAAGAAGAGGAGGAAGAGGAGGCAGAGGAGGAAGAGGAGGACGCGGAAGACGCAGAAGAGGAAGACGCGGAAGAAGCAGAAGAGGAUGAAGACGAUCAAAACGGGGACGAUUCGAACCGAGAGGGGGAAGACCCGGACGGCAGCGAGCGCAGCGAAGCAGGAGAGCCCGCCAAGCAGGGCGCGCGAAAGGUGAAGGGAGGUGAACCCAAAAAAGACGGAACCGAACCGGAGGGGAAGACCACCCUGGAGGAAAACCAAAAGAACAACACUGAUGGCGAAACAGACAAACUGAAGGGAGCCCCCAACACGAUGAACAACAAAAGGAAAAAACAAAGCAAAAAGAAAAAGUGCAAUUCGAAUAGGAAAAUGCCAAAUGAUUACCAAGAAGAGGACCAUUUCAAGGAGUACUCAGAAUAUGACGAUACAAACAGCAACUGUGGAGCAGCAAAUGAGGAUCAUUCUACAGAUGUAAUAAAUCCGGGUAACGAUUGGAUAAGCGAAGAAAAGUGGAAAUACCUUCUGCACAUCGAGAGGCUGAAAAACUUCGAAGGAUUCAUCAACUCAUUUGUUAAGUCAAUCAGAGAAUGGAGAAGAUGGUUCAAUUUUCUGGAGGUAGAAAACUAUGUACUUCCAGACGAAUGGGAAUUUAAUUUGAACUCUUUCCAAAAAUUAAUUAUCAUCAAAAUUUUAAGGCCAGACAGGUUAAACAAAGCCAUAGAAAAUUUAGUGUACGCUAAUGUCUCCUACAACGAUAUUGAGAUAGACCACAUGAACUUCCAAUUCAUUUUGAGACCCUCCAGCAGUAUUGAUCCCCUCACGAUUAUUUACAAGAACAAUUUUGACCCCUUCCAGUAUGUGUAUAAUUACGCUCUGGAGAAUAACCAAAAGUUGAAAAAUUUAACCCUAACGAAUGAGAACAUUCAUUAUGUGUACCACUACUUGAGGGAUGCCAUGGAGAAGGGACACAUCCUCUUCAUUUCUAAUUUGCACAACUCGGUUAAUAAUUUGCAUAAGCUAGCCAAAAUUAUUGAAAAUCUGCUAAGCAGUGGUACUACGUCGGGGCUCACACUCAGCAGCAGUUCUGAUGAAAUUGGUUUUGACGCGAACACCGUUGGGGUUACAAACAUAGCGAGUGAACAGCGGGAGGAAAGCCCCAAAUUGGAAGAACCAGGAAGGGGCGCCACAGAAGGGGAGGGACACCUGGAAAGUGUGCAAAUAGACGGGGGAGAUAUAGACCAGCUGUUCAAUUCGAGGCAAGCCGAUUCGUUGCCCUACAGUGCGCUGAUAGACGAGGAGUAUGGCAGUGGACCCGGUGGGAAUGCCCCCCUCAUGCCGCAAAUCGACCGCGGAACGAUACGAGUACACCCAAACUUCCGCCUCUUCCUAUCCUCCCUGCCGAAUGAGAAAUUCCCAACGGAAUUACUGCAGAAAAGCAUCAUCGUCAUUUUGGAAGAGCCGCCCAACAUAAAGAAAAGCAUAUCAAUUUUAUUCAAAGAGCAGUGGGAAUUGGAGGAAAAUAAAAACAUACAGCUAAUCAAGUAUAAAAAAUUGAUGCUGAGUUUGUUCUGGUUUCAUUCAAUACUUAACAAUAGGAAAAAAUUUUACAACUUGGGAUGGAAUAGCGAAAAUUAUUUUUUCAACAAUAAGGAUAUCAUGUUGAGUAAGUACAUUUCGCAAAUAUUCUUCAACAAAAAUAUCAAAGAAAUUUACUGGCCUUAUUUCCACUACUACAUUUGUGACAUUAUCUAUGGGUCCAAAAUUAAUGACUCCUUUGAUAAGGAGCUGCUGAAUAUAUACGCAAAUGAAUUUUUCAACAACAAUAUAUUUAAGGGGAAGUACCUUUUUUCCAGCUCCCCCAAUUAUUACCUGCCCAACGACGUGACGAAUGAGAAGGUGCUGAACAAUUACUUGAAAGAAAUUCCACAUAAUGAUAGUGUGGAGAUAUUUGGGCAGAAGACAUGUGCUGAAAUUCCUUUCAAUACAAUUGCCUCUGAAGGAAUUGUUUCUCUUUUCUUUCACGUCAACUCGUUGCACCGUAAUCAGUACCAUUUCCACAGUGCGAAACCCAAUCAUGUGAAUGAGAAGGAGGUGUAUUCCUUUACGAAGAUGCUUCUGCAGGGCAUGCCGCACGAGGUCUAUGUGGACGACUUGAUGAAGAAGCAGUGCAUGCAAGAGCAGUACGUUUACGCCAACCUCAUGUGCCAGGAGAUUUACAAGCACAACUUGGUGCUGCGCCGGGUGCGGAGGUCGAUCGCGAAGGUGCAGUGCGCGCUCAAAGGCGAAACCGUGAUAAACAAGCAAAUUUACAAAACCAUCAGAUACCUUAGCGACGGACUGGUGCCAAACUCCUGGAAGACCUUUUACAUAUCGAAAAAGAAUUUACUUCCCUUUUUUGAAGAUUUAAACGAAAGAGUAAACCAGCUGAACGAGUGGAGCAUCAACGGGGCGUUGUCAAUUCACUGGCUCGGCGGGUUCUGUAACCCUAGAAGUAUCUUAAAAUAUAUUUUAUAUGAAUAUUCAAAAAAGAAUGACAUCAGCCAUGAUUUAAUUACGUUUGAAUUUACGUCCAUUAACAAGGCGGAUGAAAUUAAGCUAAAAAGCAGAAGCAUCGAGGAGGGCAUUUACAUAAAGAAGUUAAUUCUGCAGGGCGCUAAAUGGGAUUUCAUCAGCCAGACGUUAAUGGAGACGGACAACAACAGUUUGUACUUCAUCAUUCCGACUGUGUAUCUCAAAGUUGUAUUGAAAAAAAAAAGCAAAGAGGACAAUGACAUUUAUUAUUGCCCCCUGUACAUGUGUCAGGAGAAGAACGUCGUGGACAUUAGGGAGAACUACCUGAUGAAGGUGAGUUUUGCGCAGGACAGUAAAAGGUUUUUUUUCCUCACAUUUUUUUUCCAUUUUUUUCUCACAUUUUUUCCAUUUUUUUUCCAUUUUUUUCCAUUUUUUUCCAUUUUUUUUCCAUUUUUUCCCUUUUUCCCGCAUGACGCAUACGCAGGUUGGACUGCGCACAGGGUCGAAGAACCCAUCCGAGUGGGGCAAGCUGGGCGUGCGCUUGUUUCUAACGAACGAGUGUUAAGCUCGCGGAGGAGAAGCCCAUAUGAGCAGCUUUGCGCUUGAAUGAGGAUGCGCCAGUGCCACAUAGCCAGUUGCAAUUCGGGGAUACCCCCCUUGGUCGCUCGGCAGUUUAGCGGUCCCCUUGCAUUCGCAAGAUCCCCAUGUCGUAGCAACAGGUUGUGCGCUUGAUAGAGAAGAAGCUGGCGUGCACAUCUAAUAUAACAGCGCGUGGAUUUAAAAAAAAAAAAAUACAAAUAACAUCUUUUUCUUCACCUUAGAGUUGUAUUACAACCUAUGGGAAGAAGAAAAAAAAAUUUAUUCCAAACCCCUUUUCGUUUGCAUUUACCUGCAAAAAAAUUGCUUCCCUUUUUGAUUAUAAAAAAGCUUUAAUGAAUUUUUUUUCCCGUUACUUUGAGGCGAAUCCCGUUUUGCGCAUUUUUUUUUUUUGCAAUUUUGUGCGCAUAUCGCAGUACAUGAUUAACGUUGGAGUAUUUAUUCGUAUGAUGUUACGGCGCGCUCCAUUUUGCUGUACCCUUUUGCGUUACCUCUUUGACACUGUUCCCUUGGAGUGACUAAGGGGAUCCCACUCGCAGGCUAAUUCUUUGGCCUCACUAACGUACUUUGCAAACGUGAAAAGGUUGAUUAAUUUAAAAAAAGGGUAGAGUAAACAGCAAAGGAGCGAAACAUUCGUAUAAUUUUUUUUUUUUUUAACCACAUUUAUGUGAACGCAUUUAUGUGAC